GGCGAUGAGUGGGAGGGCACUAGGACCCGGCAGUGACGUGGUGCGGGCACUAGGACCCAGCGGCCCCGCUCUUGCCUCAGUCCUUGGAAAUGGAGGCGGCUGGGCUGGGAGCCGUGAGCCGGAGCCUGAGCUCUGAGGAAUUGUUCGCGGCACGAUCCCGGGAUCACAAAAUUCCCCAACGGACCCAUGGACAGAAAGACUUCAUUCCGGAUCACUCUGAGGAGCAGAUGGAGCGGCUUCGGGUGUGCCGAGAGGAACAGUGGCAGCUGCUGUCUGAAGAGCGAGUGGAACGACUAGGAAGCCUGAUAAAAGCUGAGUGGAAGCCCCAGGAAAGCAUUGUGGAGCUGAAAUCCAAUGCAGGCAAAUUCUGGCACACCAUGGGCCAUGUGGAACAUGGGAAACAAUUGCUGUAUCCUGAGGAAGCACUGUACCUUCUUGAGUGUGGCUCCAUACAGAUAUAUUACAGGGAGCUGCCGCUGUCCAUUCAGGAAUCGUACGAGAUUUUACUGUCUGCCAGAACCAUUCCUUUGGAACAGUACCAGGUCUACAGCCACUUGAAAAGACUGGGUUACGUUAUAAUGCGGUUUGAUCCCAGCACUAUUUUCAGUUCCUACGAGCGAAAGUUGCACCUGGAUUCUUGCCAUGAUGAUUUGGAAAAGCACCACCGCAAGAGGAAGCAGAGUCACAGCCAACAGGGUGCCAGAUCGAAGAAGAGCCACUGUGACCAACCAACACAGACAGAGACAGAGGGACAGCAGCAGGGUGAAUUUAGUCAGCAGGAUGAACUUAGUCAGCAGGAUGCCACUUGCAAGGCACUGGAAUGGGACAUUGCUAAAGCAGCUUUGGAACCACAACCACAAGCCAAAGCAGACAAAUUGGAAGAGAUUGACAGCAAGUCCUUGGGUAUCACCAGGCAGCAAGCUGAGCUGGAGCAGAAAGGCUGGUCUCAAUGUGUGUUGGGGAGUUCAGUUGCAUCUUCCCCAGGGGGCAGUUUGGUCAUCAGGAAACCCAGGUGGGAUUUCAGCAGGAUAAAGUUCCCCAAUGUUGGACGUGACUGCCCACAGACCAAGCUCACUGCACUUGACCCCACUCUCCUGCCACCGAACAUACCAGGCCGUGCCUCGGACGAAACCGCCUGGCAACAGAAAAUAAACCUGAAGUGCGAGAAGCUGUCCCGUAGAGAGCAGGAGAGGAUGAAGAGAGAAAGCCGAUAUAAAACAGAUGUCAAUAAGGACAAGCGGGUGAGGCAGUGCACCAACUGGAAGGAAUACAAGGAGCUGCUCAGGUGGAAGCGUGCCAGGAAUAAAAAGUUACCUGCCCACCUGUGGAAGGACAAGGUGCAGCCACUCGUCAAACCAGGCCAGGUCAGCUCAGCAGGAGAACUGCAACAGCACAUCUGCAUCUUGCAGUCUACACACAUCUUGGAUCAAACUCCUUGGAUGCAUGAAGCCUCUGAGAAAAUAAAGAUCGCCUUCGAUGUGUACCAGGCCGAUACUGUGGCAGAAUUCCGUAAAACCCAACCUGGAAAACCCUUUUCAAGAAUGUGUGUUUGCAGCUUUGAUGGGCCAGUGCCAGACCUGCGAGCUAUGAAGAAACUAGCUUUUCAGAGUGGUGAAGUUCCUGUUGUGUUUGCUGUGGUGGAUAAUGGAGAUAUUUCUUUCUACACCUUUAAAGAAUUCAAACUGCCUGUGGAUGUCUACCCCUGAUGGUGUUGGAGCUUUGGACAACCAGCAGUUCAUUGCACAUGCUCUCAGGGAUAUGGAGUACGCUAACCUUACAGUUAGUAAGCAUUGGUCAUCAAUGUUUCUCCAAAGGUUUUUGUCCUCUUCAUAGUGUAUUGGCUAAUUGGUGGUCCGAUCUAACUGACUAAUAAGACUAUUGCUGAGAUAGCAAUCAAUGAUUAUGUCUAACGGAACUUUCAAAAUGAUAUUUUUACCCCGCUGUUUGAACAAAGCUUGAGCUUCAGAAAGAAAUUCCAGAGGCCUCUCCCUUUAUUCUUGCUGAAAUAUUUAUAUUCAGAAUUCAGAUAACACCAGGAAAAAAGCCAUUUAUGAUGUAGAAUUGGUUGUCUUCAGUUGCUUUGAAAAUAAGAGAAAAAGUCCAAAAUAUGUUGGCUUGUUUUGCAAUGUUAGUGAUUUUUGCAAACUUGUCAACCUUCUAUUUCAUAUUGGACCUAAACAUUGUCAUGGGUUCAGGUAAUUGUCACAUUUCCUCCGUCACACAUGUUGUCUCUUUCCUAUAUAAGCAACAACAGGUUUACAAAGUACCUUUUUGAAGUAAUAAAACAUGCUGAAAAAAACCUCACAGGAGUAUUUUAAUAUAAAAUAAAGGAUUCCGAGGCACAGACGGUAAUGUCGUCAGGUAAACCAAAGCUCGGUCAAAAAGAGUUCGGUUUUAAGGAGCAUCUUAAAGGAGGAGAGCAAGGUAGAGGCACACAGAGGUUUAGGACAGUGUCUAUGUUGUCAAGCCACUUGUGUGUUGCAGGAUUUUCUAAAAGCACUGAUCCUGUAGCAUUUACUAUAGCUGUUUAUAAUUUGGGUCUUUAUAGGGUGAAAGUUGUUUAAUAGCUAUCAAGUGGUUAGAACUGGGAGAGAAUGUUUGGAGAGAAAGAGACAAUAAGGACUGCAGAUGCUGGAAGCCAGAGUCUGUACGUGUGGAGCCGGAAAAGUACAGAAGGGCAGACAGCAUCAGAGGAACAGGAACGUCAGUGUUUUGGGCUGAAACCCUUCAUCAGGACUGGAAGGGAACCACUGGAGUUUCUCUUUAACCAAUAUUUAUUUUUAUUAUUGUUUUUUACAACUAUUAGUUUGAACAACCAGUUUUACAUUGUAGGAUUGAAACAAAAUCAGAUGCCAAUUUGUUACUCAAGGAAAUUUUUAGAAGUGUGUUUUUUUUAGAAAGGAGAAAGAGCUGAAUGUAAAAAUUGUUUCCCAGGAAGCAAGAUUUGUUUAGUAACAAAAGGUUUUACACUGUUGUAUGAAUACUUCUGUGUAGUGAAAGAUCUGCAGCAACAUAGAAUUAUAUUUCUUUACAAAGAUACUACACGCUGAUUCAUUAGUCUCCACUUAUCAAAGAGAGAUACAUUUUAAGGAGCAUCAGUUAUCUAAAACACCACCAUCUCUGACCGACUUCAAUGCAUCAUGUUUCAUUCGAGUCACUUGCAUAUGUUGAUACUUGCGGCAUGUUUGACAUUUUGACCAGACAAUGUUGUCAGCAUGCUUUUUUGAGUUCAUUGUAUUCCUUGGUUCAAAUGUAUAUUUUUUUCCUAUUCUGUAUUCAGUUACUGAAAUACCUGCAUCACAAAUUGCCACAAUACAAUAAACCUCUUAAUAAAAUGAAA